ACCUGCCUCCCUGGCUCCCCACUUCCCCGCUCCAGGCCUUGGCCCAUCUCACAUCUUUUCCUUGCACAGAGGUGCUGGGAGAGCCGAGCAGAAUCAGGCCCAGCUCCUGGUUCUCUCUCCUUCUCCACAUGGCCCGGAGAGCCCCGCUGCUGCUGCUGCUGCCGCUGCUGCUGAUCUCAGGCUCCCAGGCCCAAUCCAAGGCCGAAAAACUUCAAAAGGUGGCAGGGCAGAUGCUCUCCCUGAGGUGCCAGUAUCGGCCCAAGGCCGGGUCCUACCAGCAGAAAAGUUGGUGUAAGGAGGUUUCUGCAUUUCACUGCAUCAGGUUAGUCACCAGCUCAGGUCCCCAGAAACUGGCUCAGACCUCUCGCUUUUCAAUCUGGGAUAAUCCUGGCGCUGGCUUCUUCGACAUCACCAUGACUGGCCUGAGGGAGGAAGACUCGGGACACUACUGGUGUAAAGUCUACGACGCUUUCGGCAACUCUGUUUCUAAGUCCAGAAAAUUCUACCUGGCGGUGUCUCCAGCCCCCAUCACUUUUCCAAAGAGGAACUCCUUCCAGCCUCCACCCAGGACUUCGAGCACAGCCUCUGCCUCCACACAGAACACCUGGGUUCCCAGUAGACUGGUCUCAUCACAGACCCAGAGCUGUUUGCCAACCACUGGAGGAGCCAGAGAGGCCCCCGGGGCUUCCUUUGGCAUGGCUGCCCCUUCACCGCAAGGAAACGCCACCCUCCGGUCCAGCCCCGCAGCCUCCAGCACCCUAGUCCCCGUGCUGUGUGGACUCCUCGUGGCCAAGAGCCUAAUUCUAUCAGCCCUGCUCGGCUGGGCCUUAAGGGAUCUACAUGUGCUGUAUAAAUGGGGGUCCCGGAUGAACCCAGCUCAGCCCAGGCCCCAGGUCCCAGGCCCAGAGGCACUUCUCACUGAGCCAGGGUCCCAGGAUGUAUGGCCAGUCUCCCCCAGGCCAGCCCCCAGGAGCUCCUCCCCGACCUUGGAACACUACGGUCCCUGCAAAGAAAAGGCCCAAACCUCCCAGAACGCCAUCAAAUGCCCUUGGCGACAUCCGUCACUCCAGAGCUGAGGAUUUCCCAGCCCAGCCUCCUCCCAGGGUCCAGGCCCACGUCUUGCUCACACUCAGUUUGCAUCUGGGCCAGCACCACCCAAUUAUGAGAACCAAAGCCCAACACAGCAUCUUUCCACCAAACCAGAGCCACUGCUGACGCCUCUCCCUUCUCUUCCUCUGCCAAGAUUUCCUGCUUCUGUCUUUGGCCCCACACCUCGGGCACCCAGGAAACUCCCCACAUUUCUCUGGCUCUGCUCCCUGUCUCCUUGCCACACUCUGCCAAGAGCUCUCCGUUGCUUCUGCCUCCUCCUCCUCUUCCUCCCCCUUUCAAAUGCCCACCAUCUCGCACCUGGACCCUAAUUGGUGUCUUCAGCCUCUACCAUCUACAAAUACCAGUUAGAUUGCACCCCUUUACACAUCCCUUCUCAACCACACCUCUGUGCAUUUUCACUGCACAGAAAUUUUGAAGUCCUGUGUCAUUACCGGGCUCCAGGUUCUGCCGAGGUUAGGCACUACUGGUCAUCACGUCAUUGUACCGCCCAUGCUCUCCUUACCACCACUGAGAUGGCUGCAUGUUCUAGAAAGACGUGAACCCUCACUUUUUCUGCACAAGCUGGGCAGGAAGACUCCUCAAUUCAGCCACAACCAAGAUCACACUGGGUCCUACCCCAGCACUGUUCUGUCUUCUGACACUCCUAUUGUCCCAAUGUUGGGGAUUGACUCUUGUCCCCUACGAAAGGCAUGUUCAGGUCCCAACCCCUGGUCUUGCAGGUGUGGUCCAUUUGUAAAGAGGGCCUUUGAAGGUGUUGCUAGUUAAGGUGUACCCAAUAUGGCUGAAGUCCUUAUGAGCAAGGGAGACUGGGCACAAAAAGAGAAGCCACCGGGAGCAGCCAGAAGCUGGAAGGCAACAGAACCCAGAAGAGAAAGGAGAUGCUGCUACGUGGAUGCCACGCAACAGAAAAGCCAAGGAACUCCAAAGUGUAUUGGCCAGCCAUAAGAUACCGACCCCAGGAAGAAAGAAGCCUUGUAGCCUCUGAAACCAUGAACCAAUAAAUU